GGCUUAAGUUUAGCGAGAUUUUUAAACUUAUUUUAAGUAUCUUGUAGUCAUCACUUUUAGCACUUGAGAUACGAAUGUGUUUUAAAUAGUGUAUAUAAAUAUUUUUUUAUUUCUUGCGGUUUAUAAUUUUUUGACGCAAAAAGGGAGUAAUAUUGUGUAUUUUCACAUCACUUGCAUUGUUGCAGUUACACGCUCUUGGGUAACAACAGUGUACUGCAACAUAACCGUAACUGUGAAAAAGGUAACUAGUUUUUUUGCGGAAUGGUGUACAAACAGUUAAGUUACCUAGCCAACAAAGUCUACUGCGCCGUCUCAUUCUGACGUGCUAUUGCUAUAUCAGGCGACUCUGUUUUUAACAGUCCAAAGAAUUACAGAGUUGAACUAUAUCAGUACGAUGUGCUCGUUUAUUGUAUCCAGUAUCCAGAAAACAGAACACCCACCAAGGUUUUGAGAUUCCUGUUUUUUGGACAGUAUGGAUCACCACGGUGUUGAAACUAUAGUAGAGGAAGUGCAUGGUUUUGAGUCUGUGAGAACAGUUCCACACUCUAUGGUGACGUCUGUGGACAUCGAUAGCAUGAAUACUGUAGUCUACUCACAAUGUCCCGAUGGGAUUAUCAUGGAAGGAGAUGAACUUGUAGAACCAGAUAUAUCUGGAGCAGUUUGUACUGAUGAUAGCCAAGAAUUGGUUGAUAAGGUCUCACCUCACCAGGUGAUGCACAUGGACUUAGGAGAUGGGGAUGUUACCUUUUGCCACCAGGGAAACAGUGAAAAUGAACUGAUAGUUGGAAGAAUGAUUGAAGACUAUUCACUUAUUGUAGAUGGAACAGAUCCAGACCAACCAGGCUACAUUGCAAUGAAGCCUCAUAGCAUGGGAGAAGUGGUGCUGGAUGCAAAGCAUGUUGAACAAGUUGUUCUAGAAGAAAUAGUUGGGAAUGAAAUGAUUGUCGAACAAAGUGUUGAAAUUGGUGGAGACGGGGAUAAUUCUCACGGCGAGAUAAUCUUGGUACCAAAUAGCAUGAUAAAACAAGAAGAUAUUAUUGAGGGUGGUGAGGUAGUGGUGGGUUCUUCGGUUGGUAAUGAAAUUAUAAUCGAAGAUCAGCUUGGAAGUAACCGUUACAUGAUGUCAGAUGGGUUUGGAGUCAGUUUGGAUGGAUCGGCCUUUGAUGACUCUAGGCUGAUUAUUGAUACAGAGAACAUAAAGAUGGAAGAAACUCCAACUGUAGGCUAUGACUGUGGUGAAUGUGGUGCCAUGAUGAAAAGCCGAGCAGCUCUGAAAAAGCACAUUAAAGGCUAUCAUUCCAAACGAAAAAUGUCAAAGUCAAAGAAAUCCAAAAACGUGGAUGUUGACAGCUCACCAAGCAACCAAAUAUAUAGUUGUCCGUCUUGCUCUUAUACCUCUCAGCGACGAGAUAAAUUGGAUAAACAUAUACAGAAACAUGUUUUACAAGAAGGCUACCAUCCUUGUGGUAAGAGACGACAUAAGCCCGAGACACCUCCAUUACGUUAUAAACACAAUGCUGAGGAAUAUAAAUGCUCUCUGUGUCCUUAUACUUGCACUGUAUAUAAAGCUCUCAGAAAACAUCAAAAAGUUCACAAUUCUGGAAACAAGUACUUCACUAUCAAGGUUAGCUGCAAAAUUUGUGGUAAGGAUCGCCCCACAGAUGCAGACUUGGAGAAGCACAUGAAGAAACACCGGAAUGAUAAGCAUUUCCUGUGCGACAUCUGUAAUUUUGCUAGCAUCCAGUUAAAAAAGAUUAUCCAACAUCGUAGAAUGCACACUGGUGAGAAACCUCACUUGUGCCCACACUGUACUUACCGGUCAGCUCGUAGGGACAAUCUACGAUCUCAUGUCAGAAGAAUGCACAAAAGAGAAAAUGUUUACAUAGAUACUUUUAACCCAGCAGAUGAACCAACGAAAGAGUAGUUUUUAAGAAUGCCAUAUACUAAAUUCCAGUAAUAUAGAUAUGCUUUUCACAAAAAACUUGGGAAUUUCUAUUUCUGAAAUACGAGAGUGUGUGAAUGAAAUAAGUUUUAUAUCUUAAAAAAAAAGUAAUUACCAAAUUCAAUUUAAAAUAUUUUUGUUUGUUUGUUCAUAUAUUACUUAAAUAUGUGUAGUUUAUUUUUCCAGAAUGUAAAUAUACAUAGUAGUAGUAUUGGUAGUAGCUCUGUUAAUUGGCAAUAUUCUUCAUUUUAGGUCUGCUAUCUUUAUCAUUUGUGCAUACAACACCAUCAUUUUUUUUUCUCUUGAUUAAGAAUGAAAUCAGGGUAGAUUUCUUAAAAAAUAAAAAAUCUGCAUGAAAAAUUUUGACUUAUUAAAUAUGAUUGCCACAGUUGCUUCCUACUGUUUAGUUUUGUUUGUUACUUGAAUCUAUUUCUUGCAAUGGUGUGUAUUUUGUUUUGGGUGUCUAUCCGUUAUAUUUUAGGUGUUAAACUGAUACAUUUCGCUCUACAUAGCAAUGCAAAACAUAUAACUAACAGAACAAAACUGUAAAUCUUAAGUAAUACAUAUUUUCUAAGAAAUUACAGAGAUGUUUUUUUUGUUUGUUUGUUUGUUUGAUUUAAUAUGCAUAUACACACACACACACACACACACAACAUGAUAAUUGUUUUGUAGUACUAAAAUCAUACUGUACUAUUACUACUAUUUAAAGCUUCAUAAAUGAAUAAUACACUCAGAUAUGUAACUUUUGUGUGUUUGUCCAAAAACUUUUUGAUCUGUUACUGACAUUCCAUUGUGGAAAAGAUGACACAUUUUUAUCUUUGUUUUUCAUUUACUAGAGGGAGGGAUAUAUUGUUAAAUUAUUCAUACCAAAGUAUUUAACGUUUUAAGAAAGCCAACAAUUUAAUAGGAACUUUAAAAGAAGUCAAAUGUAUCUUGUAAAUAGUUUUGCUUUAUCAAAGCCAGUAAGAAGUAUGAUAAACGUUAAACUUGGCAUGUGAAUGUUGUGUAUUGUAUUAAACAAACAAUAAAGUUGCGAAUGAAACUAUUAUUUGUAUGGUGUUUAAAAUUAAAUAUAUUGUUGCAAGUUUUCUUUAUAAUAAAGGCAUCUGAAACACUAGUUGGCAAAAAUGCACUGGAUGAUUUAUUAUUAAAAAACAAAUGUAAAUUGUUUGGACAGUUAGAAAGGAAAGAUGAAUUACACACAUCUUUGCAUUCAGUGCCUUUCUAGUAGCUUAAAUGUCAUAAAACUACUGAACAAACAAUAAAGUUAAAUUACUUUAUUGACCAUAAAGUUGUGGAGUUUAAUCCAUGUAAUUCAUUACCUAAGAGCAGCAAUUUCACCCAUUAGUGUCACAAAUUAAUUACAGCUAUGAAAUUAUGAUUAAAUCGACCAAUAUUAGUGUUUCUGAUUAUAACUACUUUGAAUUAUUCUAACAGUCGAUUAAUUGAAAUUCUGAUUAUAUUUAUUUUCACGAAAAUAGUCAAUUAAUCAACAGUAGUGUUUCUGAUUGUUAUUGUUUUCGAUUAUUCCAAUUAUCCAAGUAAUAAAAGUAUUGCUGUUAUGUUUGUUGUUAAACACGAAGCUUUAUAAUGGGCCAUCUGUGCUCAAACCAAUUUUAGCCUUACAAGUUGUUACUUUUUUAAUUUGUUCAAAUUUAGUGAUUUGGGAGGGUGGAUCUUAUGUUUGAACUGCUGACUAGAGGGAAGGCAACUGGCUGGUAGAACUUGGUGCCUUCCCCCUUAUAUGUACCAUGGUUUGAAGAACACAGUACUAAUUGAUUAAUAAAUUAGCAAAUACUAUUAAUUCCCAAGCUUAAUACUGUAGAAAAUUUUUAAUGUUGUCUACUUUUCAUUCUUUGUUAUCAGUAUCUAUUUUAAAUAAGUAAAGAAAAAAUAUACUGUUAUUUUGUUUGUGUAAAGUUAUUUUGAUUCUCUUAAAAUUGUUACUGGAAGAUAACAUUUUAGUAAAUUCGUAUAUAAUUUUCUAAUUAUACGAGGUGUCUCACAAGUCAGUUGAUGAGCAAAUAAUUCAGAAAUGGAGAGAGAACAGAAAAUAAUUAUUAGUGGUGUGGGCCGUAACAUUAAUGUCCUCUUCAAAGUUGUCCUUUGAACAUUUUAUUAAAUGCAUCAUAUACCUGAACUAUUAAAGGUGUAGACAAUAACAAAUUAAACAUUUUGGACCAAAGAUUACUACCAGUUCAAUGCUAUGCUUGAAGGCUCAUAAUGUGCUAAAAUUCAGAGUUUGAGCACUGCAGAGAUAGCCCAUUAUGCAAUUCAAACAAGUUAAUGCAUGUCUAAAUGAACAUUUUGGGCAGUUGCCCUUUGUCAGACAGUAUUCAUCAUGUAAUAGACUAUCUGUCGAGUAGACAGAAGUGAAAACAUAAGAGAAGGAUUAGUAGCUAGUUACUUUAUGUGAAUGGUCUUAUCAAAAUGUGUUUGCAUUUUUUGUGGAGUUUUAAGAACCUUGGCAGAAUAUUAGAUGGAAAAACUGUUCAAUUUCUUUCAUGUCGGAAAUGGGUGGAUUAUUUCUUUGGUUAUCUGUAGCUUUAGUUGUUGUUGUUGUUAUGUUGAAUUUAAGAACUUUUAUUCAGUGAAUUAAUUGUCAUUAUUCAGUUUAUUUCAAUAAAUUUCCAAUCACCAUUAAAAAAAAA